GCCGCUCCUGUUUGUUUUGUAUUGCAGUUUCGCUCCCAAUUUUAAAAUGUCGCAGCAAAUUCGAGUUGUCCAGUGCAUUCAAUGCAAAAUGUAUCAGGUUGACAUAGUGAAGAAAGCUAACAAAUGGGAGUGCAAACUUUGCCGCCAAAAGCAGAAUUUGCUCAAGGAGUUAUUUCGGGGAUCAGGACCCGAAUGUCGAGCCAAGGUGCAGCAAUUAAAUUUAGAGCGUGGAAUGCAAGAAGAAAAACUUGAAGAGAAAUUAUUAGACAAAGCAAUGCAACAAAUGGAGGAUGACGAAAACCUUUCUGAAGAACCGGAAAAUAUUCCAAUUCCCACAAAAGUUAAUAAAUGGGCAAGCUAUGUGGAUGGACCUAUUGAAUGCAAUCGAAAACCGACAGGAGCACCGGAAGUAAAAGAUCUGGACGAGGAAAUCUCUAUGAAUUUUAAUAAAUCUGAGAGAAAACUAUCAAGACCCGCUAAACGUCCUGCGGAAAGUAACCCUUCAGUUAACAAGAAAAUUAACUCGAAAUGGAGCGAUUUCUUGUAAACUAAUUUGAAUAAGAUAUAUACUUUAAAAGAUAGAUGUAACUUUAGAUGAGUGAUAAUGAGAUCACAUAUUUCGAAAAAGUAAUUUAAAAAACUCAAAUGAUUUUAGUUGUUCAAUACGUUUUAUUAAAAUCCGUGUUGUUCUUGUAUUUA